CAUCAUCAUCAUACACAACAGAAACACUGCACUUGUUGAAACGAUUGCUUACAGGGCAUCGAAAAAGAACUAUUGUGAAAAUAACAGCAAGACUAAAUAAUACAGAAGACGACACAAACGAUUCACGAGGAUAUUGAGAAAGAAAACAGGCGCAUACACUUAAAUUACAAUCGCAAGCCUAGCCGAGCAAUGCCGACACCGGGGUACCGUUCGAUUAAGGCUCGAAAGUGCAGCCGACGAGUGCUCUUCGACUCCUCGAGCGUUCAGCCGUCCGUUGACGACAGCGACAGCGACGAUUGGGAGGAUGAUGCAUCCUCAUCUAGUUCCGAUUCCGAGAUAAGUCGCCGACAUCGGUGGAGUAGGCAGGUGACAAGUCGGAGCUUGUCAGCGAAAAAUCUUCAAUCAUCUCGGGGCAUGUAUGUUAGCAGCCGUCACAUGAACUACGACGGUAGCCUCGACGGAAGCAACAGCAUGAGCAACAGUAACAAGCGAAGCGAUGAUAGCAACAACUUCGACGACGAUGACAUCGAUAUCGAAAUCGAAGGCAGUGACAGUGACGACGAAUCCUUUCUCGAACAGAAGCAACAGGACGAAAAGGUGAAACUAAAAAUGGUUGCCAUAUUGUCAACAGUGGUCUGUCUACUCUUGCUGAUGACGGCCGUGGGUCUGGGAAUAGCGCUGAGCAAAAAGAAGAGACGGCCAAGCAUGACACCUUCUUCGAAUGGUUUGUUCGAUAACAAUAGCUCCACGUUCGCUCCGUCUUCGACCCCUAGCAGCAGUCUGGCUCCGUCCGUUGCUAUGGAUACAAGCAGCAACACAACAACGAUAGGCACAAUGAACGUGACACUCGACGACUUUGACCCGAUCUUUCUGAACGAGACGGAUGGCAAUGUCGGUGCGAAUGAAACAUCAUCCCCCACGCAAAGCACCACGAUAUUCACCACUGAUAGCCCCACGCUAAGUCCAACGACGGCAAGCCCCACUAAAAGCCCUUCGAACAGCCCAACGCAAAGCCCUACGAGGGAUCCAGAAAUGAUUAUUCCCGACGCAGUGGAUCUGACCCCCGCUGGAGACACCUACGUUGUGAUCCUCCCGGACGGAGAGGUGUACGAGAAGGAGAGUGCAACCCCCACCCUCUUGGUGCGAAGCCGCAACAGCGCGGGAAACAAUGGUGCUUCGUUGAUCACCCAGCAGGUCAACGAGGAUGAAAUCCUCGCGGGCGAUGGCCUGCCCCUGGAUGCCCUGUCAUACGCCCUCCUCCACUUCGACAUGGCAGACUACAAGUGGUACGAGGACGGCAAUGCCGAGUUGCUCUCCAGAAAGGCGAACGCCUAUUUGUGCCUAGAGCAUGUUCCGAACACCCGCGAAAACGAUGCGUGGGGGAAUCCGAAUGACCAAAAGAUUUUUUCCGCGUGCCGCGUCGAGAAUCCGAUCCUGGAAGAGGACUGGCUCGCAAAUCCAGCAUUCCAGGCAGAACUCACCGGGUACAAGAUGCCGGAGGACUGUUUUGGCGGAGAGGUCAAUAAGACCUUUGUGAGCCCUGAUACGGGGGAAGUUUGCAUCGACGUCUCGAUGUUUGUGGACAACUAUCCGCCCUUUGCGGAGGUUGACCCGAGCGAUGAUUUUACAUCGCCAGAUCCCGACGAUGAAGACCUGGUAGAGACGCUCGGAGUUCGCCACCGGCUCCUUCGCCCUAACAGGAACAAGAAUAUGGAAUCUACCAACGAGACGGAAGCCUUCUCGCAGUCAGCGACGCCGCGGGUCGGUGGAAACUACAAGAACAUGCUGUUCAUGGUGGCCCACAUCGAGCCGGGCGUGGACGCCAGCGCGGAAUUCUACAGCCGACAGGACACCGACAACGCACCAAAGCUCUAUGUGACGCUGGAGACGCUGACGGAGGCCCCCACGGUGGCUCCCACGGGUUCGGAGUACCCGUCGCAGCAUCCAACGGCAGACGCUACGAACGAUGUCACUCUUGGUUCGAGCGGUGGCGGCGGCACCAUCGGGGCGGUAGACGGGAAUGCCACCAUGGUACCGACGUCUGGUUCGACCACCGCCUCCAGCGAGAGCGCUUCGUGAGACGAAAUUGGAGCCGUAGCACCGACGUCU